AUGGCAUUUACAACACGUGCUUUCUACAAAGCCAAUGAAAAUCGGAUUUAUAUAAGCGCAGGAGUUUUACAACCUCCAUUCUACUAUGAAGGAGGUAGUUUAGCUUCAAAAUUUGGAGGGAUCGGCUGGAUUGUAAGUCAUGAACUUAUGCACGCCAUAGGCAUUACCG